AAUAAACGGGGGAUAAGUUUGGUUCCCUAAGGGAGCGAUCAAUGGCGCGGCGGAGGGCAUCGCAGCUUCUACUCGCUUGCGAACGCGGUCCUUCAGCACUGUUUCGAUCAUUAGAUUUCGUCCCAUCCUCUGGCUUAUUUUAUGCUCGUGAAAAAGCUGCAGUUCAGUCCUCCAAACACUUUUCAAUGUUGUGUAGAGGGAUUUAUCCUUGGAAAUAUUUUGGAGCAACUAAUAGGCACAGAGCUUUCGAAAUGGUUAAUAUUGGUGCUUUCCAUCAUAGGCUAUUCAGCUCAGGUGCUACACAUACGAAGAGGAAUCCAUCUUUUUCAAUAAUAAAUCCAGAUGACAUUCUUUAUUUCAAGGAGAUAUUAGGUGAAAAAAACGUUAUUCAGGAUGAAGAUAGAUUGCUCACUGCGAAUGUUGAUUGGUUGCGGAAGUACAGAGGUUCAAGCCAGCUUUUGCUGUUACCUAGAAACACUGAAGAGGUUUCUAAAAUUCUUAACUACUGCAACUCCAGAUGUUUGGCUGUUGUUCCUCAAGGUGGUAAUACUGGCCUGGUAGGUGGAAGUGUGCCUGUCUAUGAUGAGGUAAUCAUCAAUCUUUCGGCAAUGGACAAGAUUAUUUCUCUUGAUAAGGUUAAUGGUAUUCUUAUAUGUGAAGCUGGCUGCAUCCUGGAAAACUUGAAUUCAUUUUUAGCAGAUAAAGGUUAUAUCAUGCCACUUGACUUGGGGGCGAAGGGAAGCUGUCAGAUUGGCGGCAAUGUUUCCACGAAUGCUGGUGGUCUGCACUUUAUACGAUAUGGAUCACUUCAUGGAAAUAUACUUGGUCUUGAAGUCAUUUUGGCUGAUGGAACAAUUCUUGACAUGCUUGCAACUUUACGCAAAGACAAUACUGGAUAUGACUUAAAACACCUGUUUAUUGGAAGUGAAGGCACCAUAGGCAUUAUCACCAAAAUUGCAGUGCUCACCCCCUGCAAAUUAUCAUCAACAAAUAUUGCCUUUCUUGCUUGUAGUGAUUAUUUAAGCUGUCAGAAACUACUUGCAGAAGCGAAACGUGACCUAGGUGAGGCCAUUUCUGCAUUUGAAUUCAUGGAUUGCAAUUCUGUUGAAAUGGCUUUGACUUACAUAGAGGGAGCUCGAAAUCCUUUACCUGCCUCGUUAUACAACUUCUAUGUUCUUAUUGAAACGACUGGAUCCGAUGAAUCAUAUGAUCGGACAAAACUUGAGGCUUUCCUGUUACGUUCGAUGGAGGUGGGUCUUAUCUCCGAUGGAGUUAUCGCACAAGACUUGAAUCAAGCAUCAUCAUUUUGGCAAAUUCGUGAGGGUCUUUCAGAAGCAACAGCAAAGGCAGGUGCUGUCUACAAAUAUGACUUGUCCUUACCUGUUGAUACGCUCUAUGGCGUUGUCGAAGAAAUGCGAGCACGGCUAGGAAAUGCAGCUAAGGUAAUCGGUUAUGGUCACCUUGGCGAUGGAAACUUGCAUCUUAAUAUCUCCACAACUCAUUAUGAUGAGAAGAUUCUAGCUCGAAUUGAACCCUUUGUCUAUGAGUGGACGGCGCAGCACUGUGGAAGCAUUAGUGCUGAGCAUGGUUUAGGGUUGAUGAAAGCCGAGAAGAUUCACUACAGUAAACCUGAAGAAACUGUGAAAUUAAUGGCUUCAAUCAAAAGACUAUUGGACCCUAAGGGAAUUUUGAACCCUUACAAAGUUCUACCACAGAGCUUGUUGCAGAACUGAGGUACCAAUCUGAAUCUGUCCAAAAAUUUCAACUGAGGACGACCAUCUUCUACGGGAAAGAUAACAGUUACAUACUUUUGGAGCAGCAUAAUUUUAAAACUUCCCAAUUUCAAAUAAAAUUUAUCAAAACUAUAUUUUUUUUUAUCUAUGUUUUAUGAAUUUAUGAUUUAUGCAUAUGUAAAACAUGCAUUUACUUUAUCAAGGUUCAUUGCAUUUGUCAAGAUUUUAAAGGAUUUACUUUAUGGCAAACAUGAUAGAAUAUAUUGU